UUUAGAGGCGGGCUAAUCAAAAGAGAACGUUACACAACAAGGAAACGUUUGGUUGCCAGAUUAGCAAGUUGACAACUGAACUUGAAAACGUUGGUCCAAAUAAACCAAACGGAAGUUAACUAUGGUCACUGAAGGAAACCCAGCAGACCUGGUGAAGGUGCUUCACCUCUUGUUCAUUUCGUUCACAUGGGGCAUGCAGGUGUGGGUGUCGUUCAUUGCAGCGUAUGUUUUGUUGUCCAAUGUCAGUCUUCACACGUUUGGUUUAGUUCAGAGCAAACUCUUCCCUGUGUAUUUUUACUGCCUGCUGGGUAGUAACACAGUCAGCCUGGCUAUAUAUGCUGUGUACCACCCUAGAGAGCUUCUGGAUGGCCAUGAAACUAUACAGAUGGCUCUGUUUUUCGUGGCCGUGAUCAUGGCAGGGUUGAAUGCCCAGUGGUUCACUCCAGCUGUCGUUGAGAACUCGCUGGUGAUGAGGGAGAUCGAGAAAGAACAUGGCCUUGGUGAAGAGAUUGGCUUUUCCACCACCAGGGAGCGCUACAUCAAACUCCGUGAGCAAGAUCCAAAAUACAAGGCCCACAGGCAAACUUUUUAUCGUUACCAUGGCAUGUCCAGCCUGUGCAAUCUCAUCAGCUUCGCCUGCAACACAGUUAAUCUCAUUUACCUGGCACUUCACUUGGCUUCAAUAUAAUGUUUUGGGCCUAUAAAAUUGAACAGAUUUGUACAAGCAACAUUUCUCUGGUUUAGAUUGUUUUAAGUGAAUAAAUGAAUGAAUGAAUAAAUGAA